CCAAACCUCUCGCACAAAUUCUCUACCUACUUUUUUUUCUCUUUCCUCACUCUCCUCACUCCUCUCUUGUGUACUUCUCCUCUUUCCAUCAUCUGAAGGGAGAUUUUUCUUGUCUUAUUGUACACUACUUCCUCACGAAUUUCCUUCAAUCCCUCUCCUCCUAAUACCCCCCCACCUCACAUUCACAAUGGCCCCCGCUGUCGGUAUUGAUCUGGGUACCACCUACUCCUGUGUGGGUGUGUUCCGUGAUGACCGCAUUGAAAUCAUUGCCAACGACCAGGGUAACCGCACUACCCCCUCGUUCGUGGCCUUCACCGACACCGAGCGUUUGAUCGGUGAUGCCGCCAAGAACCAGGUCGCCAUGAACCCCCACCACACUGUCUUCGAUGCCAAGCGUCUCAUCGGCCGUCGGUAUGGCGACGCUGAGGUCCAGGCUGAUAUGAAGCACUGGCCCUUCAAGAUCAUCGAGAAGGCCGGCAAGCCCGUCAUCGAGGUUGAGUUCAAGGGCGAGCAGAAGCAGUUCACCCCCGAAGAGAUCUCCUCCAUGAUCCUGGUGAAGAUGCGUGAGGUUGCCGAGGCCUACCUCGGUGGCACCGUCAACAACGCUGUCAUCACCGUCCCCGCCUACUUCAACGACUCCCAGCGUCAGGCUACCAAGGACGCCGGUCUCAUCGCCGGUCUGAACGUCCUCCGUAUCAUCAACGAGCCCACCGCUGCCGCCAUCGCCUACGGUCUGGACAAGAAGACCGAGGGUGAGCGCAACGUCCUGAUCUUCGAUCUGGGUGGUGGUACCUUCGAUGUGUCCCUCCUGACCAUCGAGGAGGGUAUCUUCGAGGUCAAGUCCACCGCCGGUGACACUCACUUGGGUGGUGAGGACUUCGACAACCGUCUGGUCAACCACUUCGUCAACGAGUUCAAGCGCAAGCACAAGAAGGACCUGACCACCAACGCCCGUGCUCUGCGUCGUCUGCGCACUGCUUGCGAGCGUGCUAAGCGUACUCUGUCCUCGGCCGCUCAGACCUCCAUCGAGAUCGACUCCCUCUUCGAGGGUAUCGACUUCUACACCUCCAUCACCCGUGCCCGUUUCGAGGAGCUGUGCCAGGACCUCUUCCGUGGCACCAUGGAGCCCGUCGAGCGUGUCCUCCGUGACGCCAAGGUCGACAAGUCCUCCGUCCACGAGAUCGUCCUGGUCGGUGGUUCCACCCGUAUCCCCCGCAUCCAGCGUCUCGUCUCCGACUUCUUCAACAAGGACCCCAACAAGUCCAUCAACCCCGAUGAGGCCGUCGCCUACGGUGCUGCCGUCCAGGCUGCCAUCCUGUCCGGUGACACCUCGUCCAAGUCGACCAACGAGAUCCUGCUGCUCGAUGUCGCCCCGCUGUCCCUCGGUAUCGAGACCGCUGGUGGUGUCAUGACCGCGCUGAUCAAGCGUAACACCACCAUCCCCACCAAGAAGUCCGAGACCUUCUCCACCUACUCCGACAACCAGCCCGGUGUGUUGAUCCAGGUGUACGAGGGUGAGCGUGCCCGCACCAAGGACAACAACCUGCUCGGCAAGUUCGAGCUGACCGGCAUCCCCCCGGCCCCCCGUGGUGUCCCCCAGAUCGAGGUCACCUUCGACGUCGAUGCCAACGGUAUCAUGAACGUCUCCGCUGUCGAGAAGGGCACCGGUAAGACCAACAAGAUCACCAUCACCAACGACAAGGGCCGUCUGUCCAAGGAGGACAUCGAGCGCAUGCUUGCCGAGGCCGAGAAGUACAAGGCCGAGGAUGAGGCCGAGGCUUCCCGUAUCCAGGCCAAGAACGGCCUCGAGUCGUACGCCUACUCCCUCAAGAACACCAUCAACGAGGGCAAGCUGCAGAUCAACGACGACGACAAGAAGAAGGUCGAGGAGAAGGUCUCCGAGGUCAUCGGCUGGCUCGACGCCAACCAGACCGCCACCAAGGAGGAGUACGAGGACCAGCAGAAGGAGCUCGAGGGUGUUGCCAACCCCAUCAUCUCCGCUGCCUACGGUGGUGCCGCUCCCGAGGGUGCCGCCCCCGGCGGUGCUGCCCCCGGUGGCUCCACCCGUACUGCUGACGAGGUCGAGGAGCGCCCUGAGGAGCUUGACUAAAUGUCUUGACCCUUCUCUUCUUUUCUUCAACCUUCUUAGUUAGUCUUGGCUGAUCGGUCGGCCCUAAUGGUGUUUCUUUUUUAUUCUUUUUUUUCAUGGUUUCUGCUGUACUUUCUUGAUGGUUUCACGAUAUUAUGGGAUUGCUAUUCUUUUUUCUAUUUUUGCGUGACUGCAUAGUUUCACGUUGUUAUGCAUGAUACUCUGCAAUACUGAGCAGAAGGUUGGGAGGGAAAAGUUCCGUAUAACAAUACAGGAAUAUUCACGUUACUUA